CCAUCCACGUGCACCAGGGCGCCAGUGGAGGGCGUUCGUGUCCGUGUAUAGGUCAAGUGGUUUGCGCUCCUGUUUGCGUGGUAAGGUAAAUAAGGAGUUUUGACCUCAUGGCGCAGAGACGCGCGCCGAGUGUGUCCGAAUGACGACCCAAGCGCUCUCCAUUAUGAACAUGUAUCGUUCAUUUUUCUAACAUACUGUUUCUUCAUCGGUUGGAGUCACUUUGACCUCGUGGAAGUCGAAAGCGAACCACGCCUGCUGUGGUGGAAGUGACACACAGGAAGAUCGUUUACAUUUUGCAACAGUAGUUCCUCAUUCAUGUUGGUCUGUCAUGGCGGGCGACAUGAUGAUGCUAAUGCGAGGCCUGGCUAAGCUGAGUCAGGCCGUCGUGGAGACGCAGGGCACUGCCCUGCGUGGAGGGACAGGAAGCCUUCCUGCUGUCGGUGCUGCUGUACAAAGCUUCCAGUCGGCCGCCGAGCAAGGAAUCGCCAUGGUGGUGACGAAAGCACAGGAGCUGAGUCAACAGCAAGCCUCCUCCUCGUCCGAGUUUCCUCAGGACGACUUCUCCCCGUCCGAGUUCAGCGAGUUUGACGAAUUCGCGGCCGAUCACCCUGCUGGCGCUAACAAGGGAUCAUCUGAUCCGAGCCCAGCGAGUGGGACGAAGAGCUCGCCGUUCGCUGGCUACAAGGAUCCUUCCCGAGAGUUCGGCAACAGGUGGUACCACAGUGAUGUACGCCAUCAGCACCUGCUGACAAGAAGAGGCGCGUGGCUCCAGGCAUGCGGGCGGCGGGGUUACCACCAGGAGCCGUCAUCGUCGGUGAGCGGGCUGACGGCCGAAGACCUGGAGAAGGCUCGGCAGAGCAAGCAGGCCGACGUAAAGCCGCACAAGCAGAUGUUGAGCGAAAGAGCCCGUGAGAGGAAAGUGCCCGUAACCCGCCUGAGCAGGCUCGCCAACUUUGGAGGUUUAGCUGUGGGUCUGGGAAUCGGGGCCUUGGCGGAGGUCGCCAAGAAGACCAUGCGACAUAACGACGCGGCAGGAGAGAAUAAAAAGGCCGUGCUGGACUCGAGUCCCUUCUUGUCCGAGGCCAAUGCCGAACGGAUCGUCAGGACUCUGUGCAAAGUGCGAGGGGCCGCGCUCAAGCUCGGCCAGAUGCUCAGUAUUCAAGAUGAUGCCUUCAUCAACCCGCAGCUCGCCAAGAUAUUCGAGCGCGUGCGGCAGAGCGCCGACUUCAUGCCCAUCAAGCAGAUGACGAAAGCACUAAACAGCGACCUGGGUCCAAACUGGAGAGAUAAGCUGGAGUCCUUCGAGGAGCGUCCGUUUGCCGCCGCCUCCAUUGGGCAAGUCCACUUGGCCAGGCUCAAGGACGGCAGGGAGGUGGCCAUGAAAAUACAGUAUCCCGGUGUGGCGCAAAGUAUCAACAGUGACGUCAACAAUCUGAUGACUGUGCUGAGUAUGAGCAACGCGCUUCCCGACGGUCUGUUUCCAGAGCACAUGAUCGAUGUGAUGAGGAGAGAGUUGGCGCUGGAGUGCGACUACUUAAGAGAGGCUCAGUGUGCCAAGAAGUUUAGGGAGCUGCUGAAAGAACACCCGUUCUUCUAUGUCCCGGAGGUUAUAGACGAGCUGAGUAGCAGCCACGUGCUCACCACGGAGCUGGUCCCAGGCUUUCCCCUAGACCAGGCCGAAGGUCUCCCACAGGAACUCAAAAACACGAUCUGCGAGAACAUCCUGAAGCUGUGCCUUAGAGAGUUGUUUGAAUUCCGCUUCAUGCAGACUGACCCAAACUGGUCCAACUUCUUGUACGAUCCGCAGACACACAAGGUGGCGCUGCUGGACUUCGGAGCCACCAGGGGAUUUGAUCAACGUUUCACAGAUGUCUACAUUGAAGUGAUCCGCUCUGCCGCUGAGGGGGACCGAGAAGGAGUUCUGAAGAAGUCCAUCGAGAUGAAGUUCCUCACCGGUUACGAGUCCAAGGCCAUGGAGAACGCCCAUGUGGAUGCGGUGAUGAUACUGGGCGAGGCCUUCACGUCCCAUCACACAUUUGACUUUGGCGCGCAGUCGACCACAGAGCGCAUCCACAACCUGAUCCCCGUUAUGCUGCGGCACCGCCUGACGCCGCCGCCCGAGGAGACGUAUUCGUUGCACCGCAAAAUGGGCGGCUCCUUCCUCAUUUGCUCGCGCCUCAACGCCAAGCUGCAAUGCAAGGACAUGUUCCAGGAGGCCUAUAGGUGCUACUGGGAGGGCCGCAGGCCGCCGGUUUGAUGCGCGGGUCCUGGGACCAAUCAGAAAAAAACGAACGGGUGAGGUUUAAAUGCGCACCGGUGUCGUGUUGAAGGCCAAAGUGGGGGACAAAAUGCGCUGAAAGCAAAUGUAACACGGUUGUUGUUUUCAUGUAUUUUUUUUCCUGUUUUGUUGGACUUUUACAAGCUUAUCAGGGUUAAAGGAUUAUGAGGAGGAGGAUGAUGUUGUCGUGUAAGGUCAGUCGGUGUGGACCAGGACCGUAAGUGUCUUCUUCAAGGCCCUCUGCUUCAGUUUGAGACUAGCUUGCAACACAAAAAAAAGAAAGGAAAAGGGAAAAAAAGCGGCUUUAAAGUGAUUAAAAACUGGAAUAAUUCACGUUCUCAUGUUUAUUACCUUAUGUUUGUCCUUGCUGCUUUUGAUUGCAACGUAGUUUGUCGGGGAGACGUUUCUUUGUUUUUGGCGGUCAGUUUUAAUGAAGCUCAGGGUGAUUUUACCGCAUUACCAUCAACAAGAAAUCUACCAAAAUCUCCUUUUUGUGUCUUGCUUUAUUUGUGUCCAUUUAUGUGGAUUCCACUUGAUUAAAAGAAAAAUGUGUUUGCUGUGAGGCUUGUCCUUUCUUUUCAUUCGCAAACAAGUCAUCGUAAUGAUCAGACUAAGUGCGUGUCCUCCGCUGCGGGUGAGCUUAAUCACAUGCUGCCACCCAAAAUUUGCACAGAUUGUGCUGUUAUAGACGCUAUCGAAUGGCAGGUAGCCGAGAAGUCUUUCCAAACAGAGCCUUUGUUGACUACUCAUCACAAGUAAAUCAUUUAAGUUCAAUCAAUUCACUUCAACACAUGUAAAUAAACAAUAGGACGUAUUACUAAAACAUAAGCUGUAUUACUAUUUCAGCAGAUAAAAGUCAAUUUACCCCAUUCUCUGCUAUUUAUUUUCUUGUCAUCCAAAUAUAAGUUCAGAAAUUAUAUUUAAAAAAGGGGUCUUGUCAUUUGACUGCUUUGGAGAUCAUGUCAAUCUAUUUGUGAUGUUUUUUAUUUGCAUUUUUUUCAUGGGGAUCAAGAUGGUGGGAAAGCAUUUCGAGACAGUCACAAUUAGCUGUGGUGAAUGUUUUGGCAUCUCAGGGCUCUGCUCUCCUAUGUUUAGUUUUGGACUUGCAGGACAAUGUCCUUAUUUGGUCACGAGACGAAAAUCGGCAGCGUGGCCAACAAACUUCAUCGAGGACAGCGGGGCCACCUUUUUGCCCCUCCCUGCUUGGCCUUUGCAUCUGAGCUACAUUCUGGAUAAACAAGUGGACCAGAUGCGUUUUCAUUUUUCACACUUGCAUUUCAUUUUCAGUUUGUCUUGUUUUUGUGUUUUAUAAAGUUAUUUUUCAAAAUGUUUGUUUUUUUUAAACUUAUUUUAUCUUUUGAUGUGGAAACUACAAAAAUAAAAUAAUGGCAAAUCCACAAAGGUGUUAAGUGUGUCAUUUAAUAAGCAGAAUGCACCAUUUACAGAAAUAUUGUAUCAUAAGCCACUGUUCCUUUUUUAUUUAGAUUUUACUAACCC